AUGAAUAUCGAACAUUUCGAAUAUUACAAUCUCUAUUCGAUCUCAACGUCGAACAUGUCCAAUGAUGCUGUGAUUACAUCGGUCAUACGUUUUCAUCGUAUUUAUCCCUGGCUAUUAUUUCCAUUUGGUUUUAUUGGUUCCUUAUUGACCAUUUUAAUCUUCACUCGAAAGAAAUUUCAAAAGUUCGGCUGUUCGAUUCUGUUCGUUGCCGAGAGUGUCAUGGAUUUGAUACUGAUCACAUUGAACUGCAUUCGCCUCAUGAUCCGUUACUCGUUUCAAUCGUUUUUCCUCCAACGUUCGAUUUAUCUCUGUCGAACAUACAAAUUCAUCACGAACUAUUUUUCACAUUGUGCGGUUUGGAUUCUGUGUGUCAUAUCACUAGAACGUGCAGCUGUGACGAAACGAUUUGUUUGGAAUCAAAAUGUCUUCAAUCAUAAACAUUCGUACUGUACAUUGAUUGUUAUUUAUACUGUCUUAUUCUUUCUCAAUCUUCAUUAUUUGAUCUUCUUUGGCUCGGAACAAGCCAACGACGAGCCAUACACGACCAAUCAAAGCGAAGAAACGAAAUUAUUAAUCAUGUGUAGUUCAAAUUUGAUUCGACCACCUGUUCAAACUUAUGAUUACUUUCUGACAUUUUACUUCUCUUGGAUGGAUUUCAUUAUCAACUCACUUGUACCAUUUAUCAUCAUUUUGAUCGCGAAUGCAAGUGUCGUCUAUUCUGUAUGUCGAUCACGUUUGUUAAUGAAACAAUUAGGUAUACGACAAACACGUUCGCCACGUGAUACACAAUUAGCAUAUAUUUUAUUUGUUUCAACAUUUCUUUUUUUAUUACUCACAUUUCCAUUACGCGUUUUCUCAGUUAUUGAACCAUAUUUAAAAUAUGACAAGAAAUAUUUAAUUCUGUCCGAUGGUAUCAUGCGAUUUCUGCUAUAUCUUGACCACGGCUGUGGAUUUUAUUUGUACACAUUUACGGGUGAAUUAUUUCGGCGUGAAUUGAAAAAGUUCUUGUACGACUUCUUAUAUUUGAUCUUUCGACGGCGAUUCUUUCAUUGGUCGUACAUCGAAUCCAGACGUCAUAGUGAAUUAAGCGGUUCCAAUGGUGCAUCACAUCCUGCUCAUCAGCCACAAGGAAAUCUUCCUCUACAAGAAUCAACAAGUGGAUGCAGCGUAGUAAAAAGUUCUCUACAUUCUUUACAAAUGCAAAAAAUGCCCUACCAUCGUUGCGCUUACGCUCGGCAACAUCCGCGACAUUCUCUAGCAAUGCCAUCGACCAGCGCUCGACUUGGGCCCAUGACUGGCAAACAAUAUUCACUCGAUAUUAGCCAUCAAUCAGGACUUGUUAAGCGGCAUAGUUCAUCUUGUUUCGAAACCGACUAUAAGAUUAGAACAGCUCCAUUGACAUUGACGAAUAACCUAGUUUCGAAUGAUUUAGAUAGAAAAAGCGAUAUUGUUUAA